GCGCGCUCCGGGCGCCCCUCACCGGCCUCGGUGGCCUCCCGGCGCCGCAGCAUGGCCGGGGCCGGGCCGGGGCCGCCGGUGAAGGUGCUGGCCGCCCAGCUGCGAGGGGCGGCGCGGGGCACCGGCGGGACGUGGCAGUUGGGCCGGGCGGAGGCGGGCCGGGCGCCGCUGCGCCUGCGGGCCGUGUGGAUGCAGGGCACCGUGCUGGAGGUGGACCGCGGCGGCGGCUCGGCCCGGCUGCAGGACGAUAGUGGCCCCUUCACCGUGCAGGGGGUGGAGAGCGUGCCCAAGGGGCGGCCCUGCCUCAGCGCAGGGAAGUAUGUAAUGGUGAUGGGUGUGGUGCGGUCCUGCAGUCCUGAGCCUGUUCUUCGAGCAAUAAAGAUGACAGACCUUUCUGAAAACCCUGUGCAUAAGAAUAUGUGGAGCCUUGAAGUGGAGGAUUUGCACAGAGUCAUCCCCUAGAUACUCUUUCUUCUGCCUAAAAUAACUGGAAAUGUACUUUUUCUUUUUUUUGGUGCAGAACAUGGGGCCAUUCUGUGUAUUUGUGGUUUCAAACAACCACCAGUUACUUUUGGAGUAACUCGAAGUGAGAAGUCAGGCUCAGUUGGGUGGAAGGAUCAGUGUAUAUCUGAUAAUAAUCACAGUGUUCAUCUCUUUCACAGUCUCUUUUUAUACCAACAGAUUUGAGAAACACGUGAUGCUUUCUGAGUAACAUAUCAUUGUUGUUAAGAAUACUGCAUGCAUCUACAUACGUUAGUUGCUGUUUCUAGGAAUGUGUGUUUAGCUAGUCAUUCCUCAGCACUGUAUUGUUGGCAGCAAGGGCUGCACAGAACUCAGUGUUACCAGGGUGAACUUGGUAUGUGCGAUGAAGGCAAAAUGUGUUUCAGUCCAUUUAGACUGUGGUUGGAAAUAACCUCUUCGCCUCUGUCUUCUCUUUAAGUAAUAACCAUGUCAGUAAAGUCUACUUGUUAGACAGAUGUGUCUUUCUACCUGUAA